UCUAUGAAGAGUCGCAAGGUCUCUAGAAGCUUCUUGUUUUUUUUUCUUCAUAAAACCCCCCGUCAUCGCCUUAUUGAACCUUCUAGGGUUUUAUCUUCAUCUUCCUCUUCCUCUCCCCCAUUUCCAACCUUAGCUACACUCACUCUAUCCUCCUCGUUCAAAAGCUUUUCAAUUUCCUCAAAUCUCAGUCCCAAAAAGGAAUGGCGACGGCUCAGUUGACUGCGUCUUCAGUUUCGGUUAGGAGCUUGGGCUCAUUCGAGGGGCUUAGACCUAUUUCAACUGUUAGGGUUUCCUCAUUUUCUUCUUCGAGUUUGAGGAAAGGUGGACUCAGCCUCAGGUCCACCCGUGGCCUCGUCGUCAAAGCUGCCACCACUGUUGCCCCUAAGUACACUACCCUCAAGCCGUUGGGUGAUAGAGUAUUGGUGAAGAUUAAGACUGCUGAGGAGAAGACUGCAGGUGGUAUUUUACUUCCAUCAACAGCACAGUCAAAAUCUCAAGGAGGUGAGGUUGUUGCUGUUGGAGAGGGUAAAACAAUUGGAAAGACUAAGGUUGACAUCAGUGUGAAGGCCGGUAACCAAGUUGUUUACUCCAAGUAUGCUGGGACUGAAUUGGAGUUCAAUGGAACAAACCAUCUCAUCCUAAAGGAGGACGACAUUGUUGGUAUCUUGGAGACUGAUGAUGUGAAGGACCUGAAGCCCUUGAAUGAUAGAGUUCUAAUUAAGGUUGCUGAGGCCGAGCUAACAACUGCUGGAGGCUUGUUACUACCAGAGGCAAGCAAGGAGAAACCUUCCAUUGGCACGGUGGUUGCUGUGGGGCCUGGUCCCUUGGAUGAGGACGAAGGUAAAAGGAAACCGUUAUCGAUUUCUCCGGGGAACACAGUGUUGUUUUCCAAGUAUGCAGGGAAUGACUUCAAGGGAGCUGAUGGUUCAGAAUACAUUGCCCUUAGGGCAUCUGAUGUGAUGGCUGUUAUUUCUUAGUUGUCGAGUAAGUUAGCCGUGAAUGUGUGCUGCUAUUUUUGUUGUGUUACCUUGAGAUAUGCGUUCAUUGCUGUAAUCACGCUAUAAAGCGCGUUGGGCCAUUUCUGACUGUCGUGAUCCUUAGCUAAGAUUACUUUUCUGAAA